GUCACUCGCAGUUCAGAGCCAUGACAGAUAGAUGGCCUUGUCCUCAGAAGGAGAUGGCGUCAAUCUACCGCGGUGCAUGGUGGGAAUGAUCAGAUCAGUGGAUGUUUUGACGCGAGGAGUCCAAUUAACUUUAAUGGGAGCCCGAAUGAAAAGUGGAGAUACGCAACAAAAAGAGGUCGACAACUCGCCAAAAACCUGGAAUUAGCAGCAGGGUUGAGCUGAGAGAGGCGCCAUGCUGUCGGGGGAGGAGAUUCUGUGCAGCACACGGCAAGUGAUAGCGGGCCUUGAGGCGCUGCGAGGUGAGAACCACACCCUCCUGGACAACCUGCAGGAGGUGCUGGAGGGCCGGACGGUGGCCGAGAGUGGCAGUGUGGAGCAGGAGAAGAGUGGCAUCAUCCGCCAGUCUCUGGAGAGGAUAGAGCUGGGCCUGGGAGAGGCACAGGUGAUGAUGGCUCUGUCGGCCCACCUGGGCUCCCUGGAGGCGGAGAAGCAGAAGCUGCGCACCCAGGUACGAAGGCUGUGCCAGGAAAACCAGUGGCUGAGGGACGAGCUGGCCGGGGCCCAGCAGAGGCUGCAGGACAGGGAGCAGGUGGUGGUCACGUUGGAGGAGCAGAACAGACACCUGCAGUUCAUGAGCAGCAUCCGCAAGUACGACCAGGAGUCGCCCCCACCGGAUGACAAAGAGACGGGCUCCACCAAGGAGUCUCUAGAUUACCUUUUUCCCACGGACGAGGAGGAACAGUCACAGAUAUCUCAGCCCCACGGUAGUAGUGCAGCAGCAGCGGCCCAGCAGGGAGGCUAUGAGAUCCCGGCCCGCCUGAGGACCCUUCAUAACCUGGUGAUCCAGUACGCCUCCCAGGGCCGCUACGAGGUGGCCGUGCCCCUCUGCAAACAGGCCCUGGAGGACCUGGAGAAGUCCUCGGGCCACAGCCACCCUGACGUGGCCACCAUGCUCAACAUACUGGCUCUGGUCUACAGAGACCAGAACAAGUACAAAGAGGCGGCUAACCUCCUGAAUGACGCAUUGGCCAUUCGGGAGAAGACCCUGGGCAUAGAUCACCCUGCGGUGGCAGCCACACUCAACAACCUUGCUGUACUGUAUGGAAAGAGAGGGAAGUACAAGGAGGCUGAGCCACUGUGUAAGAGAGCCCUGGAUAUCAGAGAGAAGGUGUUAGGCAUGGACCACCCUGAUGUGGCAAAGCAGCUGAACAACCUGGCGCUGCUGUGUCAGAACCAGGGCAAGUACCAGGAAGUGGAGCAGUACUACGAGCGUGCCCUGCACAUCUACCAGAGCAGGCUGGGCCCCGACGACGCCAACGUGGCCAAGACCAAGAAUAACCUGGCUUCAUGUUACCUGAAACAAGGGAAGUACAGACAAGCUGAGGCUCUGUAUAAAGAGAUCCUGACCCGGGCCCAUGAAAAAGACUUUGGAUCUGUGGAUGGUGAGGUGCGGGACAUCUGGACCCACACGGGAGAGGAGGGCUCCAUGCAGGAUGGGCUGGGCAGUCUGAAGCGCAGCGGCUCGUUCACCAAGCUCCGCGAGUCGAUACGCAGGAGCAGCGAGAAGCUGGUCAGGAAGCUGAAAGGAGUCGGACCUCAGGAUACCACCCCUCCGACUCCUGGGAUGAAAAGGGCUAAUUCUCUGAAUGUGCUGAACGUGGGUGCGAGGGAGCGUCAAGAAGCAGCAAGGAACCCCUGCAGCCUGACAGAGAACCGAACCCUGAGCACCAGCACCCAGAGUCUGGCACGGCGAGGAUCCCUCAGCUCUGCACACUACACCUCUGAACACUAGCCCCUCCCCCACCCACACACACAUCCAGGAAGUACUCUCACACAGCUCUGGUCCCUACUCCUCUAUCCGUCUCAGUGGACCUACAUGGGUCACUGCAACCCCCUUCCCUUGCUCUGUGUAAAUCGAACAAUGAUCCAUUUAGGUUUGUUUACUGCACUAUGUUGUAGCGGGUGGAUGUCACUGAUACUCCUUGCCUGCUAGUUUUAUCCCCUGGUGCGCCAGUUCUGAGGUAAAGAUUAGAAUACACACAGCAAUGAGAAUUGGUUUUGAGAGAUGCAGAUUGAAUCUGUUUCAGACUAGAUUUAGUAAUGCUCUGUUGUGACUUACUGUACAAGGAGGGAAAGCUUGAAUUCUUCAACGAUUGUUCACAAUUAUGAAUAUCUUGAUAUUUGCAUUUCAACUGCAGUUGGGUCACCAAGUAAGUGUUUGCAGCUAUUGGAUGUUAUCCAAAUGAAUUUAUCUGUGCAUGCAAAAAAGGUCUUAUUUAUACAAUGUGGUUUUUAAAACGUGUUACAUUCCGAUUUGAUCUCCUUGAGUCCAUUACCAGCGGUACUCUUAUUUUUGGCCCUAGGUGAUUUUAAUUCCACAAUUAAAACAAAUAUUUACUAAUAUCUAUUGAAUGUGAUGCACAAAUAGUGUAUUGGCUUCCAUGUUAAGUUGUGGUAAAGUGCUCUCCUUAUUCCACAAUACUAGAACAAAAUCUGCACUUCCCAGUCCAGCGGUAGAAUGCAAUUUUUCUAAGGCUUGGCAUACUGUAAAAAUAUGUUUGUACUAUGUUUAGCAGAUAUAAAAAGCUUAAGCUAUUUUGAUAGCCCAAAAGUAAAAGCACUAUGUGCCUGUAUGUAAUAUCAUAUUUUUUUUAUUUGUCUCAGUUUGGGAUACAUUUAAUUUUUAUUAGAGCUAGCUAAUUUAAAUUCCUUCUGAAACAUGUUUUUUUAAUUAUUUGAUUUUGUUGUCUAUGCGUCUUACUCAGGAUGUUAUCAAGAGUAAAUAUGUAUUUUGAUGGACAAAAAGCGAUGAAUUCACUGUGGUGGUAUUUCCAAGUGAUCAUUUAAAAGGGUGAUAGAGGAGUCACUAUUGUAAAAAGAUUAUUAACCCAUUGAGGUGGAUGGAGGGACUUCAAUGUGGGUUGUGAAAAGGUCGCCAGUUCGAAUCACAAUGAGUCUUGUUUUCCAACCUUAACCAAUCACAUUUCUCAUUUGAUUAUCUAAUUGACUGAAUAGCUGUAAACAUGUGGGAAACAAUUGUGGAACCCUCCCUCAUGCUGCUGCAGUGGACUAGGCACUGGGAUAAGAACCAGAAGGUCACAGGUUCUAAUCUCGCCCAUUCUUUCAACGCUCAACUCUGGCCAAAAAGUGGGCACAAUCCAAAUUGUGGACAAGAUCAGGAUACAGGAUGCAUGUUAGCACCAUGUACAGUAUAAACAGGGCUAUAAGCUGACAAAGCACAAGGGCUCUAUUCAAACUGUGUCAAGCAUUUCAUAUGCAGCGUUUUAUCAUGAAUUCAAUCUCCACUAACAUUGCCUUUAAAUUUCAAUCACGCUGAACUUCAGCGAUACAGAUUGAAUAGAGCCCUACAUCUUAUUUAUGUAGAAUUAUGUUAGCUGUUACAUAUGGAGAGCUUUCUUUGCAGAUUGUCAAUCUUAUUGAAAAUUACAAAUAUAUUUUAUAUCUGGAAACCAUAGCAGACAAAUGUCAAAGUAUAUUGAGUCUCUUCAAUUCACUGUGUUCAUGCUAGCCUUGUCUGGGUAUGUUUCAUGAUGUACAUGUCAUGACGUGGCCCUUUCUGGGUACAGAUCAUGGCUUCUCACUCUCUCCUACACCCAGGUUCUGUUAUCUCAGGUCGUAAAUUCCUGACAGAGACUCUCCCCCUUUUCAUGCAGAGACCACAGAGUGAACAAAGGAUUUCACGUGGCCAAACUCCUAAAUCCCCUAAAUGGGAAAAUGAAACAAAAUCUCCACUUGUGGGGUGAGAAUGGUCUGUGGACACUUAAGGGACAGGUAUGACGAGUGUGUUUAAUUUGGUGACCUCAGAGAGGACAGGAAACAACUAUAUCUCUGAAUGUGUACAUUUCUCAAUUAUGGGGUUUGCAUCUAAUUCUUGUAUAAAAUGAGUAAAGAUUAAACUUUGUGAAAUGUGAUAAACCUUUAAUGUGAGAAUUGUAUUCCCUUUAAAGUUUAACUAAAUCAUUGGCCUGCCCCCGUGAGCACAGACAUGAUCAGGUGUUAUAGAACCACCUUUCCUAUUGUUACGAAUAAAAAACCCUCCUGAAAUCCUCUUUAGACCACACAUACCUCGGUGUAAAUUGUGGCACAGGUUUGAGUGCCAAGACUGAGCAAACGCACAGCAUGAGCUGUGAUUGCGAAUAGUUAUUGAAUUCCUAACCAUACCACGUGGAGAAUUGGCUACACGGCUGGAAAUGGUUAAACUCUGAGACUAUCGAAUAAGAGCAAAUCUUAGAUACCAAUUAUUAGUCUCCAACUAGAAAUUAUGUAAACCUGGGAUGCGAAUGCCGACAACCGCCGAAACAUCUAUGAGAACAUUUCUGAAUGGUACUCUGAAGUAUCCAUUCUAACCACGAAAGACUGAUCUUCAGGAAACACUCGGAUGAACUCUCCCAGACGGACCGGAUUCCAACAGAAAAGUUCGACACAUGGGCGUAAAUAUAUAUUGAUUGCAAUUAUUCCCGAAUGAGUGAGCGUUCAUGUGCAAAGGAUUAGCAUUUCAAUUCAUAUAAUUAACUGUAGUGAUUCCUUUUGUCUUUCCCGCUCUCUCAGUCCACACCCACUUCCCUUUGUCCACCAAGCCGUCAUAUCGGCUUAGCCCACUAGGGAAUCUUCCCUAUGAUUUGUUAGUAACAUAUGUUUGUUUAUGCAUUUCUGUGAUUAUUUAGUUAGUAAAUAAAUGAUUAAGCCAA